AAUUUUUGCGACUACACUAUCAUAGUGCGAAUGAAUAUAUUAACUCUUCAAUUAACUAAACACAAGUAACGUUUAAAAUUAAACUUCGAGUGUCUAUUGUUUCAGAUCUGGCAGCCAUUCGACGCCUCCUAGAUGCUGAAUAUCCCACUUCUGGCACAUGCCCAAGUUGCGAAAUGCCUUUUGACAAAGGCAAAAAGAGAAGACUGAUAGACAAUUGCGGACACGAACGAUGCUAUUCUUGCAUGUUUACAAACGAAUCAUGUCCUCUGUGCCUUAAUAACGGAGUUAUUACUACAGAAAACGAUGGCACACUGAAACCAAAUUUAUGCAAUAGUAAACUGAGAGGUUCAGAAAUUAGUCUGUACGGAGAAAUGCCUCAUGUAGAAAAAUCAGAAAAAAUGCAACCUAGGACCAAAGUUAAAACAAAUGGAUAUUUCAACAUACUCUCACAGAGUCGUCAUGAUUUAAUGACGACAAGUGUAGAAGUUGGUCAUCCUGAAAAAUUACCAAAGACUCGUCCCUCUAACUUGCGUCACCGACCUCCCGAUCAAAACAUCAUGACACAAAGUUGCCCCACUCCUCCGCAGGCUAGAAAAAAGUUUUAUCUCGGAGCUAAAGGUCUAAAGAGUCCUCUUUUGAGCAGGAGCACCAAACAGCCAGAGCGUGCAAUAUCCGCUGCAAUGACUUCAUCGACUACGUCCACAGAAGGGAAGCAUUGGCCAAGUGUUAUUUUAGGAAAAAUACGAUCACUUUGGACGGCUGGAUCGAAAAGCAACACUGGCCUCAAUCAACUUUUAUCAGAUGAUGAGUCUUCCCAAGCAAAAGCCGCUCCUGUCAAAAAAUCAUCUGAAAACGAUCUCUACAUGCGACUUGGGCUUCUGUUAGGCGACAGUGCAAAACGUUCCAAAAGAGCACAGGAAUCAUGUUCGUCUUUGACUAGUUAUGAUAUUUCAACCGUUUUAUCUGCAAACACGAGUCCAGUUUCAACUUUAACAGGUAGCUCUGAAGAUCAGCACCGAACUAAUCCUAGUUCGGACAGUGUGGCGUCUUUGAUGUCUUUAUCGAUUUCCGGACAGAGUAACUGUAGUUCCAGUCCGCUAAGUAGAAGACAUAGCGUCACCACUUCCCAACCUAACCCAAACGAACAUAUCAGAUACAGAAAACCUGGUGCAAAAAUAACCAAAGCUGAAAUUUCGAAACACUCUGUAGACCAUAGGAUACGUUCAAGACAAUAUGGUCCACCACAGCUUACCUUUAAACCAUUAUUUUUCGAAGUACCCCUGCAAGAGCCUGAUCCUUUAUUCAUAGGACGUCAUUGGCUAAUAAAAGAGAUAGAAGAUGUGAUUAAUUCCUCCAGUCCAGGCGUCCUGCUCACCGGCAAUCCAGGCACGGGAAAAACAUCUCUAAUUCUCCAAUUAGUUGAAUACAGCUGUUUCGGCCGCAGAAAAGAAUCUUCCUACCAUCAAGUUACUCCACGUUGUCCCCAAUCUAUUUACUAUCAAAUUGAUCUGAUAAAAGAAAAAAUUAGAAACCUAGCUAUCUCCACGGUAGCCUACCACUUUUGUCAAGCUGAUAACAACUACACUUGCUCUGUACCUGAUUUCAUCCAUUCUUUAGCUGCCCAAUUGUGCCAAGCGCCUCAGUUGGUAGCUUAUAGAGAUCAUCUAGUAUCUGAAACCGACUUACAAAAUAUUCUAGCUCUUAAAGAAUGUAUAGCAAAUCCUGAUAUUGCGUUUACUAGAGGAAUUCUUGAACCUUUAUCGUGUCUUAGACGCUUAGGAAAGAUAGAAAAUAUAAAUUGUGUUAUUCUUAUAGAUGCUCUUUGUGAAGCUGAAUAUCAUCGACCAGAUCAUGGUGAUACUAUAACAACAUUCCUACUUAAGCAUAUUCCUAGCUUCCCUUCGUGGUUGAAGAUUAUUUCUACAGUACGGACUCAACUUGAAGAUGUGACAAAACAAUUACCUUUUACUAGGAUAUGUCUGGAUAACAUACAAACUAAUGAAAAUAUUCAGAAAGACAUUAUAGCUUAUAUAAAUUUUAGAGUACAGAAUAAUGCAACUAUACAGAGCAACAUCCAACUUGCAACUAAUGGAAAAAUUGAAAGCAUGAACGUUUCUCAAAAUAAGUUCGCUCAACAUUUGCUGAGUACAAGCCAAGGUUCAUUCUUGUUUGUCAAAUUGACGUUGGACCUUUUAGAAAAAGGGCAGUUGGUUGUUAAGUCGUCGGGGUACAAAGUUCUACCUGUAAAUUUGGCAGAAAUCUACCUCUUACAUUUUAAUCUAAGAUUUCCUACUAUACGUUCCUUUGAGAAAAUCACUCAUAUUCUAAGCGUUUGCUUAGCAGCUCUCUAUCCUCUAACCGUUUUAGAAAUUUAUUAUUCUGUUAACUCUCUAUUAGUUGAUAAUUUUCUUCCUUGGAAUGAAUUUUUGCAGAGGUUCAAGCUUUUAUCAGGGUUUUUGGUGAAAAGGUUGGAUAAUACGUAUAUGUUCUUCCAUUCUUCCUUUAGGGAGUGGUUGAUCAGAAGAGAUGAAAAUGAUGCUAUGAAAUUUUUAUGUGAUUUAAGAAGUGGACAUGCUGGAAUAGCUUUUAGAUUGUCAAGAGUACAAGCUCCUCUAGACCCCGAAAAAACACUUGAACUGGGUCAUCAUAUUCUAAAAGCCCAUGUGUACAGGAACAUGUCUUUCGAAAAUCUGACUGCUAGAGAUCUUCAAGCCAAAUGGGUAACAGAAAGCUCAGAAAAUGUAUCUGAAGCAAUAUGUCAUUCAAGAAACAUGUACUGCCCUAACGUGAAAGUAUCUAGGCUGAUGCUUUUGGCUGGAGCUUCCCCUAACUACGUCACGGAUCUUUUAGGCAAUGCCCCCGUGCUUUGUAUAUACGCUAACGAAGGUAUCCUCCCAAUGGUGUCAUUGCUCUUAGAAUUUGGAGCUGACGUAGAACUAGCAAACAGCCAAGGUUGCACAGCACUUUCUCUAUCAUCCGCUAGAGGUCAUUGCGACGUAGUUCGGCAAUUAAUAGCUGCGGGGGCUUCCCCCGGUCACGCUGACACAGGUGGCUAUUGUCCACUAGUGCAUGCUGCCAGGAAUGGUUUUCUUAACGUUGUUGGGUAUCUUUUAGCCUGCGAUUGGAUAUCUAAAAACGAAGAGGAUGUACCAAUAGAUGUUGCAGCUCAACAGGCCUUGAUAGCAGCAGCGGGACAAGGCCAUAGUGAAGUUGUUGAAUACCUUUUAGACAUGGCCGAAGUCAAUAUUAAUAACCCAGAUAAUAUAACAGGCGAAACAGCUCUCUCCGUAGCAUCUUCCAACGGUUGCCAUGGCGUGUGUUCAGUACUGAUCAAUAGGGGUGCCAAUAUAUGUACUACAAACCGAAAAGACUUAUCACCUUUAUUACUAGCUGUCAAAGAAGGACACUGGGCUGUUGCUGAAAGGCUAAUCCAAAACCAUGCUGCUAUCGAACAGUGCGAUUCUACUGGUAGAUCUCCACUAAUGAUUGCAUCGUCAGAGGGACAUUUAGGGAUCAUAGAGUUAUUGCUAGAUAGAGGCGCUGAUAUAAACAAAGAAGAUAAAGAAGGUUUAACCCCACUAGGAUGGGCUUGCCUCAGAGGCAAAUUGCAAGUGGUACAAUGUCUAUUAGAAAGAGGAGCUUCUAUAAACCAUACAGACAAAUCAGGCCGUAUUCCCCUCGAUUUGGCUGCUUUUCAAGGAAACCAAACUGUUGUUCAAUACUUGGUCGAUAGGGGAGCGACGAUAGAACAUGUUGAUAUUAAUGGAAUGAGACCACUAGAUCGUGCGAUAGGUUGUAGAAAUAUUCAAGUUAUAAGUUGUUUUUUGAAGAAAGGCGCAAAAUUAGGACCAGCAACAUGGAGUAUGGCUCAUGGAAAGCCUGAUAUAUUGUUAAUUCUUCUAAAUAAACUUCUUGAAGACGGAAACGUCCUGUAUAGAAAAAGUAGGCUAAAAGAGGCUGCUCAUCGAUAUCAAUAUGCCUUAAAAAAGUUUCCCGUGGAAGACCAAGGCGAACAUAAUAAGCCUUUUCGACAAUUAAAAAUCAACUUCUUGUUAAAUUUUUCCCGAUGCAAAAGAAAGUUAGGGGAAUUCCAAGAAGCCGUAGAACUAGCAAAUCUUGUGAUAGAACUAAAGCCCGAAUCAUACGAAGCGUACUAUGCUAGAGCGAAGGCAAAACUAGACUUGAACAAAUUCGAAAGUGCCUUAUACGACGUCAAAGAAGCCUUAAAGAGAGCCCCAGAGUCUGGAAAUGAAAUAAAAAUCUUGAAUUAUUUAGUUGAAGACAUCACGACAAGAAUGUCGAAUAGUAGAAGUUUAUCGAAUAGAAGAAAUGUAGCUAUUUCUGUGGAUACUUUACACGAGUGAAUCAGUGAGUGAAUAUUUUUCGAAAAACUGAUAACAUUUCUAAGCUAUAAAUAAGAAUAAUGCGAAAUGAAAUAAACACUUCGGCGAUAAUAAAGUGUUGUGGUAUCCUCAAAUUUUUAGACUGUAUUGUAAAAAAACUAUAUAAGCAAUAAAUAAAUUAUUGUUAAUAUUUGUACAUAUUCUGACAUAAUUUAUUUUUUAUUAAAUUUAGUUUGUUGUGAAAAUUUCUUAGUCAUCCCAUUUUUCAAUUUUUAUCAUUUUCCAUUCCAUUUUUUAAUUUAUUCAAUUGUUUUACUACUUUUAUAGUGUAUAAUUUCGAUUUUUAAAUAAAAGUUCCAUGGAAUAUAGGAGUCUAGGAGAGUUAAGAAAAAAUAAAAAUUAUUUAAAGAAAAUA